AUGUUUUCACGCCUCACCACGUUUCUCAGCGUCGCCAUGCUGCUGCCAUCCCCAUGGUCAAAAACAGCUACACGGCCCGACGUGAAGCUUGACAAGGCUACAAUCAUCGGGACAACCACCGGCAACGUAACGAGCUUUUUGGGUAUUCCGUUCGCACGCCUCCGUACGGUUGGCGACCUACGCCUUCGUUUGCCGGUACCGGUCGAACACUACUCGGGUACCAUAAAUGCCACACAAACUGCGGCGCAAUGCAUACAGCUCGUCCCUUUCCCCCGCCAGGACGAGCCUGCGGAAAUGCAGCAGCUGAUGAAUGCAUAUGCGACCGCCUUCUCUGUACCUCUCCCCGAGAGUGAAGACUGCCUCACCGUUGACGUACAAGUCCCUGCUGGGACGAAGCCGGGGCAGAAGCUCCCUGUCGUCGUUAUGAUUUUCGGGGGAGGGUUCACCAUCGGCUCUUCGGCGGCAAACCCCGGCAACGCCUUUAUCGCGAGAUCCGUUGAACUGGGCGAACCCAUUAUUUAUGUUGCCAUGAAUCACCGUUUGCACGCUCUCGGUUUUCUGGCCGGUCAAGAAGUAAAGGAUGCAGGCGUCGGGAACCUUGGUCUUCACGAUCAACGCGAGGCACUGCGUUGGGUUCAGAAGCACAUCUCUGCAUUUGGUGGCGACCCUUGCCGAGUAACUUUAUGGGGGGCCAGCUCCGGCGCAAUCUCCAUCGGACUGCAGAUCGUCACCAACGGCGGCGACUCGGAAGGACUCUUCCACGGAGCAGUCAUGAACGCUGGCUCACCGAUCCCACUGGCGAUGUCACAUCGUCGCGAACGCCGGCUGCGCUGGGCCGCCGACACGCUCGACUGUCUUCGCCAGCUCCCGCUCGACGUGCUGAUGAACGCCACUGCGCCGCUGCCGAAUCUCUUCGGAUACCAGGGGUUGGCGACACCUUGGGCGCCGCAUGCCGACGGCCAACUGGUGCUGAGGGAAGUGUGGCGAACAUCCUUGCUCACUGGGGAUGCCCUCGACGAGGGUACGAUCUUUGCGACGGGCAGCUUCAACGUCACGAAGCUUCCAGAGCUACGUCUCCGAGCUCUUUUUCCCGCAAGCUCCUGCGGACAAGCUCGCUCCGGUCUUCGAGCAGUACCCGAACGACCCCGCACAGGGCUCGCCCUUUGCACCGGGGACGCGAAUCAGCUCGCGCCGAUGUACAAGCGCAUGGCUGCGUUCCAGGGUGAUAUCAUCUUCCAGGCCCCGCGCCGCUUCUUCCUCGAGCAGCGCGCGGACAAGCAGCCCAUGUACUCCUUCAUCAGCUCCCGCGGCAGCGGCACGCCGCUCGGGGUCGCGCACGGUUCCGACUUCGUGCCCGCGCUCAGCCAGGGCGACGAGCUCGCGGACUACAUCAUCAAGUUUGCCGCGACGGGGAACCCGAAUGGGGCGUCGAACCGGACGAUCGAGUGGCCGCGGUACGAUAAGGUCGAGCGGAAGGUCCUGUCGCUCCUGCCCAACAGCACCCUGGAGAUCGGGAACGACACUCUCCGCCUCGAACCCAUGACGACUUUGAUGAACCUUACUGUCCAGUUCCCUUCGUAG